AUGUUGCCUCGCGCACAGCCCCUACGACGACUUCUGCUCACCUCUACACCCAAGCGUCAACUAUCCGUGUAUAACCCAAAGUAUCGCGGCGCCCCACCUGCCCCCUAUAGCUCUACGAAUCCGGUCACACGCGCAAACCUACUACAUCACAGUCGGCGAAGCACGGCACCGGCACCUCACAAGACAAGCGGACUCAACCUGUGGACUGUAGGAAUAGUCGCUGGCAUUGCAAUUGGCGGCGUGCUACUCGUCCCCUUCGUACAGAGCUCUUCAGAGCCCAAGACAGCCAGGAAAUCCACCCCGACUCAUUUCAACACCGCAGACCUCACAGACUCUUACCUCGUCAUGGCACCAAACACCCCCGCCGGGCGACCGGGAACCCUCACACCCGAAGAAGACAAGAAGCUGCGCGAGCUAUGGGGGAUCGUUAUGAAGGUUUUCGGCGUGGAAGCGGGGUCGGAAGCUGCGAGCACGGUCGAUGAGGUCGCAUCACCGACCACAAGUGAGGCGGCAGCGGACGGCAAGAAGGACAAGAAGAAGAGCCGAUUGAACGUGUUCAAGAGGAAUAAGGGCGAGAAGGGCGCAGACGACAAGGCGUCGACUGCUUCGACAGGCUCGACCCCGUCAGACAUUAGCAGGCUGUCGAUAUCCGCCGAUGACGACAAGUUCGGCCAGACCGCAGAGUUCAAGGCAGCGAUCGCCAACAUUCCCCCAGAGGAGCUGCGAAGGACCUUCUGGAUGAUGGUCAAGCACGACCACCCCGAUGCUCUCCUUCUCCGAUUCCUCCGCGCACGGAAAUGGGACGUGGAGAAGGCGCUAGUCAUGAUGAUCUCUACCAUGCAGUGGAGGUUGAACGAGAUGCAUGUCGACGACGACAUCAUGAAGAACGGAGAGCUCGCCGCUGCGCAAACUACCAGCGACGAUGCUAAGACAAAGAAGAACGCGGAGGACUUCCUGACACAGCUGCGCAUGGGCAAGAGCUAUCUACACGGAUUGGACAUUGAAGGAAGGCCGAUGUGUUUUGUUCGCGCGAGGUUACACAAAGCCGGCGAGCAGACGGAGGAAAGUCUGGAAAGAUUCACCGUCUACACUAUUGAGACCGCACGCAUGCUGUUGAGGCCUCCGAUUGACACAGCCACUAUCGUCUUCGAUAUGACCGACUUCUCCAUGGCCAACAUGGACUACACGCCGGUAAAGUUCAUGAUCAAGUGCUUCGAGGCCAACUACCCCGAAUCGCUUGGCACCGUUCUCGUCUACCGAGCGCCCUGGGUCUUCAACGCUGUGUGGAGUAUCGUCAAAGGCUGGUUGGACCCCGUCGUUGCCGGCAAGGUGCACUUUGCAAAGACGAUCGACGAUCUCAGCAACUACAUCCCAAAGUCGCAGAUUCCAACUGAACUAGGUGGAGAGGAGAAGUGGGAGUACAAGUUCCCAGAGCCCGUGCCAGGUGAGAACGACAAGAUGGCCGAAGAGAAGCCAAAGCAGGAGCUGCAAAGCGAGAGGCAACAGAUCGUCGACAAUUACGAGACUUCCGUGCUGGAGUGGGUACACACCGGUGAGGGUGCGCCAGCGGACGAGAAGAGGAAAGAAAGGGAUAGCAUUGCCGAACAGCUGAGGCAGAACUACUGGAAGCUGGACCCGUAUGUUCGAGCUCGCUCACUGUACGACCGUAUGGGUGUCCUCCAGAGCGAGGGCAAACUAGACUUCUACGGCCAAACCCCAGCGCCCGCCGCAGCCGCAGCGCCAAAAGCAACAGAAACCAGCGCCGACGAUCUCGACUAG